GGUCAGUCGGCAGUAGGUUGUUGUUGGGGCGGUGGUAUUAUGCAGUUUGGUUGCAGGAAUGUUCGGUUUUGUUCAUCAUAAUUGAUAUUGCACGAUUUAUAUACGCUAGAGUUUUAGUGGAAAGCUAUUAAGAUAGUUCAAUAUUACAAAAAUGGAGUCGUGCUUGGUUAUGUUGUUCGUGUCCUUAGUGCAAUUCAAUUUUAAUUGUGUGUUGACAUUUAACCUCGAAUCGCGUCUACCUGUUAUCAAGAUUGGUGACAUCCGUGGUUCUUAUUUUGGAUAUUCAAUUGCCCAGCAUCAGACAGUUAAUGAAAUAACCAACGAAAUAGAUGAUAAUUGGUUACUUGUGGGCGCACCACUAGGUAAGAACCUACAACCUGGUACAAACCAUUCUGGGGCCUUGUAUCGAUGUCCAGUAACUACAAACUACAAUGACUGUGAACAGGUGGUGACUGACGGGAAGAGAAAUCCUGAAGAUGGGCAGUAUGAACCGUCGGUUGACUCGAAGAAUCUUAUGCCUCCUGGAGAUGAUGAGAUAAAGGACGGUCAGUGGCUUGGUGUGACAGUGCGCAGCAUGGGACCUGGUAAAAAAGUCAUGGUGUGUGCCCACCGCUAUAUGAGGAAGGGUUUCGAUUAUCAAUGGGGGCAGGGCCUUUGCUACACGCUCAGUCAGUUUUUGGACUAUGAUGAAACAUGGGAACCAUGCAAGGGUCGACCCACAAACAGAGCUCAUGAACAGUAUGGCUACUGUCAGGCAGGAACUAGUGGUUUGCUGUUGGAUGACACAGCAGUGAUUGGCACCCCUGGUCCCUACACAUGGCGUGGGACUGUGUUUGUUAUCAGCGUGUCAGAAAACUUCUUAAAUCGAGACAAGACCAUCUACCAUGGGCCGUUACUGGAACACGAGUCACCUGUCGAUAAGUACAGCUACUUGGGAAUGUCUGUAACUGCUGGACAGUUCUUUGGCAACAAAAGUGCGUAUGCUGCUGGUGCACCAAGAGCAAAUGGCACUGGUCAGGUAGUGAUCUUUACUAAGAAACGACCGACGGAGAAUCCGAUGGACGUGCAGCUUAUUCUCAGUGGGGAGCAGUUUGCCUCCAGCUUUGGUUAUGAACUGACAAAUGCUGAUAUCAAUGGAGAUGGUUUUCCUGACCUUAUAGUGGGCGCUCCGUUCUUCUUCAGCCGAGAGGAGGGAGGCGCUGUGUAUAUUUACACCAACAACAAAAACCACUGUUUGGACUGCAAGAAACCUUUGAGACUGACAGGCAAACCAGAAUCCAGGUUUGGUUUUGCUAUUACGAAUCUCGGUGACCUGAAUUCUGAUGGCUAUGAAGACAUUGCAGUUGGUGCCCCAUAUGAAGGAAAUGGAGCUGUCUAUGUUUACUUGGGAUCUGCACAAGGCCUCAUUCCUGAACCCUCCCAGAUCUUGUAUGCUGAAGAUCUUAGAACAAAUGGUAUACCAAUUACAACAUUUGGUUACUCCCUGAGUGGUGGACUUGACUUGGAUCAGAAUGGGUACCCUGACCUGAUGAUUGGUGCAUAUGAUGUUGAUGCAGUGGUCCUGCUGCGUGCUCGGCCCAUCAUCAACAUUGUGACCAGUGUGGAGCCAUCAGCCAAUCUACAAAACAUUGACCCUAGCCGGAUUGGCUGUGCAAAGAAUCCAUAUGCUAACCAUACAUGCUUCUCGUUUGCGGCAUGUGUGACAAUGAAACUGACAACAAAUCUGACGCUCAACUACAGUAUUGAGGCUGAAACAUUCCAGAGUGGACGCAAGUUCUCACGAGUCUGGUUUGGGGGACACGAUGGCGACAAAAAGCAGCCCCACAUAGUGAGGAAGAGAAUUGAAAUGAAAUUUGAUCCUUUACGGCGUAGAGGAGAUGUUAAAAGAUGUGAAACAGAGAUGGUCUAUAUCAAGGAGAAUCAGCGUGACAUCCAGUCCCCAAUCAAAUUCCAGUUGAAGUAUGAGCUGGUACAAAAGGAACCCCCAAGGCUCGUACCAGGACAGCCAUUGCCUGAUAUUGAUAAUUACCCAGUUCUAAACCAGCAAGAGGCAGCCAAGACAUUCCAGGCAACAUUUCAGAAUGACUGUGCUGAUGAAAUUUGCAUCAGUCAGCUCUACCUUGAAACAUACCUCCUACUUCCAUCAGGGCGACGUCCUAACACGUGGGAGCUAAUCAUGGGUGAACAAGAGGCUGUCAGGCUGAACGUGACAGCUCACAACAAUGGCGAGUCUGCAUAUGAUGCCUGGCUGUUUGUGUCUCACCCUGCGAGCCUUAACUACACUGCUCACAAGACUGAUAGUAAACACAUGAGCUGCACCCCGCACAAUAAGACACUGAUAAAGUGCAAUAUCGGCAAUCCUUUCAAGCAAGGCGCUCCUGCCAACAUUCAGCUUCGGUUUGAUCCGAAGGGUCUGGCAGAUACUGAAUCCCAGCUGGAAUUUGUUGUGUUUGCCAACUCAACAUCAAAGGAAUUAGAUCCUCAGGCGCCCUCUACUCUACACACCAGUGUCAUUCGCAGGGCGGAAAUUUCUGUCACAGGUUCUGUGGAUCCGGAUCACGUUUAUUAUGGAGGGGUUGUGCGCGGAGAAUCAGCCAUGGAGCACCUUGAUGACAUUGGUGAGAGAGUGAUGCAUACGUACCACAUCUUCAACCAGGGACCUUGGAAAGUUGGUAGCCUUGAAGUGCAUAUAGAAUGGCCUUUCCAAGUUGCCAACAACAAACCGCAAGGAAAAUGGCUUCUGUAUCUUGAAGACAGACCAACUGUAGAAGGACAGGGCGGUGGAGAAUGCUUCAUCGCACAUGGCCAUGUGAAUCCCUUGAACCUGACUCGCCGACCUGGAGUGGAAGAGCUCCCUCUGGAGUCUCUGAGACUCCCUUCAAGGCCUUUAGCUGCUACUUUGGAACCUCCGGAGCCCACGUGGGAAUCAGAUCAUCCUCAGACUCGGCGAAGGAGGCGAGAUGUUGAGAUGGUUGUCAGAGCUGAGUCUUAUGUAGAUAAAGAUGGGAACAAACAUGAACUUGUUAAUAUGAACUGUCUUCUGGGAACGGCAAAAUGCUUAAAAUUUUAUUGUGUGGUAUUUAAUCUGCGAAGGAACCAUGAGGCUACCGUCAGGAUACGAGCCAGGUUAUGGAACUCGACUUUAGUAGAAGAUUACCCAAAUGUAUACUCCGUGAAUAUUAAGUCACGGGCAAAGAUGCAUUUGCCCCCUGGUCUUAUGAUUCUUCAGAACCCUGAUGAUGAUGAGGCUCAGGUGGAGACGGUUGCAUACCGAGAUCCUCUGGAUCAACAGGAACCAGAACCCGUACCGAUAUGGAUAAUAAUUGUGGCUGUAGUGGCAGGCCUAUUGCUGCUUAUCCUUAUUACACUUGUACUGUGGAGACUUGGCUUCUUUAAGCGGCGGCGUCCAGAUCCCACCCUUUCAGGAAACUUGGAAAAGCACCGAGAUGAAAAUGGUGACUACUCAUCAUAAUGACUAUCGAAUUCUUGUGUGUGGGGGCAGAUAGUUGUUGUUUCCUCAUCCUAAUAUCAGUGAACUAAACAAGUAGGGUGUACAAGCUGCUCAGCUUGUUCAAUAAUAAGUUGAAAUGUGAAGGUCGGUACCACAUUAAGGACAUUACCAUGUCGUCUUUGGGCAGAUAGAGCCACUGUUAAACUGUGGUAAUAUUUAGGAUCAAACCAUGAAGCUUCUUACUUCAAGCCUAUGAAUAUAGGUGUGCAAGAAUUUCUACUCCGUUUCAUAAAAAUAUAAUGUCACAGGAUACAUGUCCAAGUAAGAAAGAGGUUUUGGAAGUCACAUAUGUUACAUUGUAAUACCAACUCUUUAACUUAGAAAUGAACCACUUGCAACAGAAAGAUAGCUUUUGAGCAUCUGCCAUGUUGUACAUGAUAGGUCUUGUAGAACCUGCUUGAUAUUCUGGCAUGUUUAACUGGCAGGGGAAUGGUUAAAUUCAUGUCCUAUUGUAUUAAAGAUUAUUAAAAUCAUCAAUUUUGGGAUUUGUGAAAUUUUGCCAGAAUUUAAUUUGCGAGUACUGUUUAAUUUUCCUGAAUUAAACGUGGUCUGUAUAAUUAGCACAGUGUAAUACAGAAAACAUUAUAUAUUUUAAUUUUGUUGGAUGAGACUAUGAUCCAAACUUGUAGGUCGUGAAAUGCAAAUAAAGUCCCAUCUUGUCUUCACAGAAAGUCAUCUUCCUGUUGCACUGAACUCUUAUAAGGUCGGUGACAGUGGAUGGACAGACUGUAGUUUGAGAUGAAAUUAAUCUCCCAAAGUUGAUAUUAGUUUCUGGUGCACAAGUGUGUCAGUUACUAUAAAGAAUAUAAUGUGUGAAUGGUACAGAAGGUAACACAGCCAACAGCAGAGGCUGUGCUGAAAAGAAAUUCUAAAUUACAGUGAAGUGUUUGUUUAUAUAUGUAUGUAUGUGUUGUGUAAAAUGUGAAAUCAUUUGAAUAAUUUAAUGAUUUAUCAUGAAAGACUCAUUUCAUAUGUUUGAUAGAUGAUGUGUCAUACAAAACUGUAAACAGUCCAGCAGGUUUCAUGUUGUAAUUUUAGGACAGUUUUAACCCUUCUUACUCUGAAACCUAUUAUAGCUGGGAAUUCUUCAAUGCAGCAGAAUAAUUACUUCUAAACGAAAAUAUCCAAGAACACAUAGUUUAGGCUGGUAUAGAUGGCAUCUGAAUGCAGAAAACCAUGAACAUCGUUCAAUUUGAAGCACGUACUUUUCCGAGUGUGUUGUUUGAAACUUGCCUUUUAUAAAUUCUUUUCCUUAUUACAGCUGCUUUUAAUUGACUUGUUUUACUCAUAUUAAAAUGUCUUUGUGGACUGAUGAUGGUCUGAGUUACAUUUUGACUCUAUAUCUAAAACUGUAGUUUUAUUAUAAAAAAUGCAAUUAAUUGAAUGAGGUGAACAUGCUGUAUUCUGACACGAUAUUUUUGUGUUAUUUGUAAGGAGAUCAUUAGUAUGUUGCUCGUGACAAAAUUGCCUAAUUGUGUGUAUAUGCGUACUUGCAUGUGUGUUGUCUGAUUUUCACUGCUACAGGCUCCAUUCUUUUGUAUUUACUCAGAUGUAAAUUAUAUGACCAUUUUCAGAUCUUUCUCUACAUCAGUUACUAUGUGUUUGUUGGAAGAAGUGGCAAGAUUCGAAGAGCUAUUUUAAUACUGAUGUCCAUUACUGUUAUAUUAUGUUUCUAAUGCCUCAGUGUUAUCAAAUACAACUGUAAAAUGUUAGUUUUACUGCAAACAAUUUAUGAUUUAAAAUGUCACGUUGAAACUUAUUAAUUUCAGCAGUUUGUGAGUCACUUGACUAAAAGUAGCCAAAUUAUGUAGGUUUGAUGAAGAUGGUUGCCUUCUGAGUUGUUGCACCGUGUAGUCUGGUACAAGUUUGCCGACAUUUCAGAGGUCCUUGCUGCCACCAUCGUCAUGGUGAUGAUGAUGGAGGUAGCAAGGACCUCUGUAGCGUCGGUGAACUUCUACCAGACUACACACUGCAACAACCCAAAAGACAACCAUUUUCAAACUUACCACCAUGAAAACCUCAAAUUCUACAUGUAGGGUGGAUGUUGAUAAUAAACUGUUGUAUUUGAUUUUCUUGACGUAGCUGACAUCAGGGUGCUUGACUACUUCCUUCAUUUCCAUUUAUUAUUGUAUGUGUUAUCAUGGCUUUCCAGUUGACCUGGCUGUGAUUUUUGGCAGCUGUAGGUUACUUUGAAUUUUGACUUCAAGUCAGAAUAAGUCGAGUGAAGAAAAAGUGUAUAAAAUUACCGUCAUAUUGCAGACUUACAGAAAGAGAAAAUUGCCAGAAUUAAGUGAUAUGUAUACUGGUGUUUAGUGUAAGAUGAUAAAUAUUUCAACGUUUUAUUGUGAAAUGUUGAAAGAAGAAGAACCCAGUGAAGUGCAGAUUGAGAAAGGAAAUGGCAUUCAAUUCAUGAAGUCACUGCUGAUUCUUGUACAUUUUAUUAUGUAGAUUUUCUAUUGAGGUUAUGUUACGUAUUUUAUGUUGUACAUGAAAGCAAAUAACUCAUAUGUAUUGAUAUCUGCAGUUAUUGGACAGUCUCUGACGACAGCAGCAGUGUCCAUGGUUUCCAGCUUGUUACCUGAUUAAAAUUUCCAUUUCAGUAAUUUUCAGGCUCAGAUACCCCUAACAAGGAAGUCCACUUUGUGAGGAUGUCACAGCAUGUCUGCCUUAAUAAGAAAAAAACCUGUUUGGCUUCAAUACCUCGUUACAAAUGCUGGGAUAGUAUAUGGAAUCAUAUAAUGAUUUGCUGUCACUUUUGUUCCGUACAUGUAUACCUGUGAGUCACAUAUUUAUCCCUAAUGCCUGGUGCUCCAUGUAUUUAUAAGGGAGACAGGGACAUUAGAAAAAUAUACGCUCUGUUGUUCUCACGCCUUAGGCUAGAGACCAGAACAUUACUUGUAGACCACCAGGUCCUUUUUAUUCUUAUCAUUUUAAUAAUGGCAUGAUUACAUACUGUGAUAUUUUUACCUUUGUGAAAGUCAAAUAUUUUAUGAUAAGAACUGGCACUGAGUCCAUGUCUCGUCUGUGCAAUUACUGAAGUGGUGUCAAAAUAUUAGCACUCGUAUCCUUAUUUAACCCUUUCCACGCUGGAUUUUAAUUUAGAGAACAUUCUGUUGUUGGUAUACUUCCAGUGUAAAAUGUAGUUGUUGUUUUCUUAAUAGCCAUAAAUAAUUUUAACUGCUGAGAGUUGGUGGGACACCCAUUAAGUAUAAUUCUUCUUUUGUGCAAACCAUUCAAAGACAAUCGUCAACGAGCUUGUUUUCCUGCUCUAUUAAAUGAACAUGAAAGCAGUACCAUAUUGAUCUGUUAUCACAUUGCAUAAUACAUUCUGAUCAAUUCGCUGCUCCUUGGUUUUAUCAGUUUUAUUUUAGCUGAGCUGGAAAUAUUUCUAAAAUAUUCUCAUGUGAAGGCUGUUCAAUAUUUUAUUAUUAUUAAAUGUAAUUUUGACCAUUUGUAAGGAGGUAGAAUUUCUUGUUCUUAAUUUUGAACCAUCAAAGAUACAGUGUUGUUGUUGGUGGAAGGUCCCCUGAAGUCAUCAUUAUAUGUAACGUAAAUAUAUCUUUAUUAAUUUGAACCCAUUGUUUUCAAAACUGUGUGAGUGCCAAGAAUAUAGAAUGUGAUAUUUGAUUCUCAUCUGAUCUGCAAGUUGUCAUUGUUUUGUAAUGCAGUUCUGUUGUAGAUAGCCAAUUAGUCGUAAGUGCGUGUAUGUGGCUGUGUAUGCAGAGGAGAUUUGCUGCCAACAAUCUGCACAAAGUUUAUGCAGGAUCUGAAUGAUAUUGUAUUUUGUCAAAUGAUAAAUAUUAUACAUGUGAUUAUAACAGGUUAAUUUUAUUUUAUAUGUCUUAUUUUAAAUAAAAAAGUACAAGUCAGCCCUUAUA